GGUAGGGCGGACUGCGCAUAUCUAGCCAGAGGGUACUUUGUGAUUUGCUUGGUUUUUCCUGCACUUCCUUGGUAGACCUCCAACACUGUCUUUAUUUACAUUUAAAAUUUUCAGAUCUUGAUGGGAUUUGACUUUAUGUCCGUUCUUCAUUUGCCAUUAUUAACUGUUUCCCAAAGUGCUGAGCAGCUCAUUUCCAUGGAUACGGGAAGUUAUUUACUCUUCUGUCCAAUACCAACUUCUUUUUAUAUUAGCAGUGUUAGGGCGAGCAGGAGCUAUUACCUAACCCAUUCCCAGCAGCACAGAGCUCCCCUUUUGCUGGAUUCCCACCCUUCUUCCCACCCCCUUUAGAAGCGGUUUUCUGCCUUAGCAGUUGCCCAGGAGCAGGUCCAGUCAAAACAGUUCUUUGAGCGCUCGUGUUGAGGACUUCCUCAUGCUGGUGUCAGAACCGGGACAGGGAGCUGGGACUAGAGCAGCUCCCUGGUCCUUUCUGCGUCCACCUGUGCAGGAAAGGGUAGAAAGUCUUUAUCCUCAAACUGGCUGGGUUGAAAUUGAUCCUGAUGUUCUCUGGCUUCAAUUUGUUGCUGUAAUAAAAGAAUCUGUCAAAGCUGCAGGAAUAGAGAUGAAUCAAAUUGUCGGUCUUGGCAUUUCAACACAGAGAGGAACCUUUCUUACGUGGGACAAGAAAACAGGAAAACAUUUCCACAACUUCAUUAGUUGGCAAGACCUAAGAGCUGUUGAACUUGUAAAAUCUUGGAAUAGUUCUCUUUUAAUGAAGCUCAUACACAGUUCCUGCCGAGUGCUGCACUUUUUCACUAGAAGUAAACGAUUUUUAGCAGCCAGUUUGUUCACUUUCACAACCCAGCAUGUUUCUUUGAGAUUGGCCUGGAUUUUGCAGAACUUGACAGAGGUACAAAAGGCCAUUCAAGAAGAAAAUUGCUGCUUUGGGACUGUUGAUACCUGGUUGUUACAUAAACUUACAAAAGGUUCUGAAUUUGCCACGGACUUUUCAAAUGCCAGUACAACGGGACUUUUUGACCCAUAUGAGAUGUGUUGGAGCAAGCUCAUUACCUCCCUGCUUUCCAUACCGCUCUCUCUCCUGCCUCCCGUCAGGGAUACGAGCCACAAUUAUGGAUCCGUGGAUGAAGAGAUAUUUGGUGUGCCUAUACCAAUAGUGGCCUUGGUCGCUGACCAGCAAUCAGCCAUGUUUGGAGAAUGCUGCUUCCAGACAGGAGAUGUGAAGUUAACCAUGGGAAGUGGGACAUUUUUGGAUAUUAAUACUGGAAAUAACCCUCACCAGAGUGUAGGGGGCUUUUAUCCAUUAAUUGGGUGGAAGAUUGGGCAAGAAGUUGUAUGCUUAGCUGAAGGCAAUGCAGGAGAUACUGGUACUGCCAUACAGUGGGCUCAAAAGUUAGGUCUGUUCACAGAUGCUGCUGAAACUGAAAAAAUGGCCAGAAGUUUGGAAGAUUCUGAAGUUUAUUUUGUCCCAUCUUUUAGUGGAUUGCAGGCUCCAUUAAAUGACCCCUGCGCAUGUGCCUCUUUUAUGGGUUUGAAGCCUUCCACCACUAAAUACCACCUUGUACGAGCAAUAUUGGAGUCAAUAGCUUUCAGAAACAAGCAGUUAUAUGAGGUGAUGCAGAAAGAGAUCCAUAUUCCUAUAACAAAAAUCCGGGCAGAUGGAGGAGUUUGUAAGAACAGUUUUGUCAUGCAGAUGACUUCAGACCUGAUCAAUGAGACUAUAGACAGACCUGUUCAUGUUGAUAUGUCGUGCAUUGGUGCAGCUUCUCUAGCGGGCCUUGCGGUUGGGUUUUGGACUGACAAGGAGGAACUAAAGAAACUGAGGCAAAGUGAUAUUGUUUUCACGCCACAGAAGAAAUGCCAAGAAUAUGAAAUGAGCAUGGGAAACUGGGUCAAAGCAGUAAAACGCUCCAUGAAUUGGUAUAACAAGACAUAACACUAAUGGAAGGAUGGAAACCACGGAUGGCAGGUUGCUGUGAUGUACAGAUGAGACAAAGCUCAGGGACGACAAUAACGACGAUGACUGAGAGCAGAUUUAAACUGAGCUUUGCAACCUGAGAGAAAAAGCACUGCUUUUUUGAAAACACAACAAAACAAAAAACCCCUCAUUUAAAAAACAGCUAAACCUUGGUAAGAUUGUAAGGCAACGAUACCUCAGAACUUUUUUAUCUUCUGUUUUGUAACAAAUUCCAAAGGACCUUAGCCAUUUCCAAUCCUGUUUUAACAGUCACGGGUCCUCCUCCUUUUUAUACUGGGACAUUGUUUACUGUCUGAGUUAAUAGUUCCAGGUCAGGCACCAUUUGUGUUUUAUUCCAAAAUUAUGUGAUAAGUGUUUCCUUAAUUCUUUAAAAUUAGGUGGGCUAUUCAAAAUGCAUAUAACUAAAAAAGAAGGAAUAACUGAGGAAAUGUGGGAUUUUGAAACAUUAAUGUUUUAUAUUUAAAGCCAUACUUGUUCAAUGUUCUAUCCAAAUAUGAGCUCAGUGUCUCUUCUCAAAUAGGCCCAUUUGGUAGUCACUUCUUUCCUUUAUUGGGCUUAAGGAUGCUGCCUUAAUUUUUCCUGGUUGGAGUUCCUGUCGUGGCACCUCCAUAUGCUGCGGGAGCGACCCAAAGAAAUAGCAAAAAGACACACACACACACAAAAAAAUUUUCCUUGUUUAACCAAAGUCUGAGCUUUUUUUUUUUUUUUUGGUCUUCUUAGGGCCACACCCGUGGCACAUGGAAGUUCCCAGGCUAGGGGUCAACAAACAAAUCUUUUUUGUUUGUUGAGAUGCUAGUGUAAACAUCUUUUGUUUUUAUUUAAGUGCCUAACUGACAGCUUAAUUUGAAGAAAGUGCCCAACAUUAUCAGUGACUUAAGCAUUGCCUUCACUGGGGUAUUUUCCUUGUCCAGGUAUUUUUCUUUUUUCUUUCUUUUUGCUUUUUAGGGCUGCUCUUGUGACACAUGGAAGUUCCCAGGCAAGGGGUCACAUCAGAGCUGUAGCCACCGGCCCACACUGCAGCCACAGCAACGCCAGAUCCAAGCUGUGUCUGCGACCUACACCAUAGCUCAUGGCAACGCUGGAUCCUUAACCAUGUGAGCGAGGCCAGGGAUUGAACCUGCAUCCUUAUGGAUGCUAGUCAGAUUUGUUUCCACUGAGCCAUGAUGGGAACUCCUCAGGUAUCUUUCUUACUUUGGUCCAAUCUCCUCCUCUCUCUGAGAUUCAUGCAGAGGGGAUACCUGAUGGAGGCAAUGAGUGUGUGUUCAUGCUGGUGACCACUCCUUGGCUACUGAGCCAGAGACCCACAGAGAGGAGCUCAGAGAGGUCUACAUUUUCAGACCCUCUUCCUGGAAACAAGACACGAGGAGUAAGAGUCGUGAGUAGCUUCAGGCCAGGGGUGAAACUGUCCUAAGACAAGUUGACCACCUCCCAACCUGUUCUCAUGUUAUUUGUCCCAGCCCUACUUGUGGGCUAGUUAUCUUUUAGAUUUGCAGCAGUAAUGUAUUUAUUUCCCUCUUGGUCUGGCUUUAUCACAUAAAGUCCUACUGUUAUAGACCUAGCUGUUAAAUAAUAAUGUAAUUAGCUGUUAGAGGGAGUUUUGCUGUUGCUAUCGUAUAUGGUCAUUUCAGGGACAGAUAAAAUAAUAGAUAUUAGAUUUGGAAAUAUUUUUGUUAAGUGGAGGUGUUUGGUUUACUGUCAGAUGUCAGACCACCUUAUUUGGAUAAUAUCUUAUUCUUUUCAUUCUUUCUGUUUUUCAUGCCCUUUUUACAAAGCUUAGUGGCCAAUUAAAAGCUUUCUUAUCUAAAUCAUAUGAAAGCAGAGUUCUCAUUGUAGCUCAGCGGAAACGAAUCCGACUAGGAACCAUGAGGUUGUGGGUUCAAUUUUUGGUCUUGUUCAGUGGGUUAAGGAUCCGGCAUUGCCAUGGGCUGUGGUGUAGGUCGCAGACGUGGCUCAGAUCUGACCUUGCUGUGGCUCUGGCGUAGGCUGGCGGCUGCAGCUCCAAUUGGACCCCUAGCCUGGGAACCUCCACAUGCCACAGGUGUGGCCCUAAAAAGACAGGAGGAAGAAAAAAUAAAAUAAAAUAAAAUAAAUCCUAUGAAAGCUGCUCUGUUUUACUAUUUCUUAUAGAUUCUGCUCCUCAGUGGGUAUAAUUUCUAUAGGAAAUAACUGUCUUGUUGUAUUAGGAUAUACUAAAUGGUAAUAUUAAUACCUAAAAGUUUAUUAGUUCAUUCAUUUUUCCACAUUCUUCUUUCCCAUCAUAAAACCACAAAAUAAAAGAGAAAUAUCUUUUAGCUAAUGUGGGAAAAUAACUUUGAAUAUCUUUCACUGGAAUUUUGCAUCUCCUCAGAAGUCAGUGGCUAUUUUCUUCUGUUAGUCAAGAAGUUAAUGUUUUAUUUUUAAUAUUUCUGGAUUUUUUAAAGUAACACAGUUUAUUAAAUCUUUUGUCAAUUUUGACCUAAAUCAGAAAUGUGACCACAUUUACUUUGUGGUUGUAGAAACGGUUGAUUAUCGAAAUCAUUUGAGCAAAAAAACAAAAAAUUGUCCUGUCUUUCAAGUUUAUUGUUCAUGUGUAUGCUAAUAAUUGAAGUUUAAAAAAACUUUGUGCUAAUAUUUCUCAGCAUGUUUUAUUUUCUCACUGUAUAUCUAUCAAGUAUCUUUAAGAGGUCCGUAGAUAGGUUAUCAAGGAGGAGAGUCUUCCUGCACAAUCCUUCUUAAGUGGUACUAAAUGAUUUUAUACUAUGGACUUCCUGAUUUUUAAAUUUUUUUACAUCCAGACAUGACAUGGUUUCUCAGCCUCAGCGUCAUUGACACUUGAGAACAGAUAACUCUUUGUUUUGAGGUACUCUGUGUUAUAGAAUGUUUAGCAGAUCCCUGACCUCUGCUCACUAGCAUCCUUCAACUUACGGUGGUCGAAAAUGUCUCCAACAACAAGGACCUACUGUAUAACACAGGGAACUAUAUUCAAUAUCCUGUAAUAAACCAGCAUGGGAAAAAAGUCUCCAAACAUUGCCAAAUGUCCCCUGGGAGGUAAAAUCGCCCCCAGUAGAGACCACCGAUACAGGCUGUUGGAAGAAAAUUAAAGACUCAAUGAAUAUAGAGUGUCUGUCAUACUCCUUUUCUGUCUGCCUCAUUUUCACCUUAGGAAAUGGUUGUUAGCAAAAAGAAGUGGUGGUGGUAUCUUAAAAUAAAUAGAGUUUCUACUUUGCUGGUUAAUGAGGAUUAAAAAAAAUCUCAUGUUGUAAUUAUCUUCUGUUAUUUUUAUCUACUCACCCCCAUCCCCAUGUCUGCAUCCUCUGUGGUCUUAAUGAGCAGGUUCAUGACUUCUGUAUAGGAUUAAUGCAGCCUGCAGAUCAUCUUGGAUUUGAUCUUCUUUGUUUCCUUUUCGUCUCUGAACAAAGGAGCUGAUCAUUCUUAUAUCUGCCUCUGUGCAAGCUUCCACCAAACUAGAAGUUCCCCGAAAGCAGAAACCAUGUCUCCACAGAACUUAACUCUGUGCCUUCAUAUUUAUGGGAUGAAUUUUUACUUUGUGUUUAUAUAAGUGCAACUUUUUUUGGAUAUACAUUUUUUCCUGGAUGUUAUUUAUGUUUAUUGAUAGAGGGCAGCUUAUAUUUGUUGCAGUAAAAUAGGUUUUGCUGGAUUUAGAAGGACAGCUUUGUUAUCAGAGAAUUCUCACACUAUUUAUUUUAAAAUUCUUUGUAUAUUUGUAUAUUUGCAUAUCUGUUUGUGUAAAGAUACACAUCCAUAAACACACAUGUUAACUACAGUUUAACCAAAACCCUUCUCUUCAGAGGUUUUGUGUUUUGGACCACAGAUGGCUAACAGAUAUGGCUAACAGAUUGAAUCUCAACACCAAACACUCUCAGGGUAGAGGGAGGAGACUUCAGAAGUAGCCCCUUCUGCUAGGCAAUUAUUCUAAGGACCAGUCUUAAAUUAAAAAUAAUCUAGGCGAUCCUGCUGUGGGAUCAGCAGCGUCCUGGAAGUGCUGGGACGGGAGUUUGAUCCCCCGCCUGGAACAGUGGGUUAAGGAUCCAGCAUUGCUGCAGCUGUGGCUUAGGUCUCGAGUACAGUUCACAUCUGAUCCUUGGCCAGAGAACUCUAUAUACCGGGUGGCCAAAAAUGAAAAUAAAUAAAUAAAUGAAUAAUCUAGCUCAGGAGUUUGGCAAGAAUUUUAAAAUUCUUUGAGGGGAGACAUAGCUGGACCCUGAGGUUCCUUAACUUCCAGUGAUUCUAGAUCAUCCCAGAGAUAGCCUAGAAGGUUUGAGUCUACCCCUAGAGGAUUCUGAAUCCUUUUGGAAAUUUUAUAUCAUGUUUCUCCAUUAAAAUUAAAAGCCCUAGACACACCCUGGACCUAUCUGAUCCCAGAGUCAUCAUCUUGAGUGCCCAAAGCCAGAUCACCUGGUUCAAACUAGCCUAAAUGCAUAACCCCAGGAAAGUCAAUAGACUAUCAAGAAUCAUGUUGGGUUUUUUUUUCUCCAGGUUUGGAUCCUCAUAGCUAUAAAUAUUUUGGCAUCAGCAUCUAUUCUGAGUCACUGGCUAUUUUGUCACCAUAUUCCCAUGGGACUCUUGUCCCUAGAAUGAUGCAGGAAUGAUCUUGGGAAUACAAACCAUAGAGGCAGGAACCUGCAGAAUCAGAUGUUUCUGAAAUUCUCUGUUAAUUCUAUUUCUAAUGUCUUUCCUUCCACUUUGCAUUAAAUUUGGCUUAUUGAAAUGAAAUAGCUAUAUCUGUAGAGAUAUCUCUAUUAUUUAGAAAAUAAAUAAGGUUUCCAAUUUAAAUGAGCCAUAUCUUUACAAGAAACUGCCAAACUGUUUUCUAGAGUAGCUGUACCAUUUUACAUUCCCACCAGCAACAUAUGAAUGAUCCAGUUUCUCUGCAUUCUCACCAGCAUUGAUGUUAUCCUCAUUUUUCACUUUGGCCACUGUGAUAAAUGUAUGGCUUUCUCAUUGAGGAUUUAGUUCGCUUUUCUUAAUUAAUAAUGAUGCUGAUCUUUUCAUGGGCUCUUUUGCCAUCUGUUUAUCCUCCAGUGACAUGUUUGUCUGUUUGCUAAUUGGGUUGUUUGCUAAAUGAGCCAUAUCUUUAAAGAGUAUCUUUUUUAAAAACUCUAAAAAAAGUCAGCCCAGUGACUUAAGUCAUUAAGUAGCAUUUUCGAAUCCUUCUGGGCAAAAUGUAUAUAGCAUUUGAACAUGAUUUUGUAAUGUACUGAGCAGAAGAGCUCUCGCAUUCCUUCUGUACUCAUUAUAUAGUGCAGGACGAAUACUGGAUAAUAGCAAAAAAGUUUCAAAGAUACUUUUACUUCAAACAUUAAGCAAAGCGAACAAAUAUAUGUUUUGUACAUAGCUAUCAUAAUGCCUCUGAUACUUUUUAUUUAAAAUAACGUGAUUUGUAUAAAUGUUUCAGAGUGAUUCUGUGGAAAAUUAAUUCAAAAACUUAGUUUGUAUAAGACAGCUGAUGCAGAUUCCAGUUUGUAUGCAUCAGAAAAUUUAUAAUCUUAUUUCUCUGAUGUUCUUUACAAAUUUCAGCUUUAUUAAAUAGUCACUGAGAAGCUCAUAAAUUAUUGUUCAGAUCUAUAAACUCUAAGAUGCAGAAUAAAAGGAAUAUUUUUCAUGUGUAUGUGAAUUUCCCCCUUUUUGUCUAUUUUAACUUUUGGAUUUGUUUUUGGAUUUUACCUGGAAAUUCUCAUUUAAUGCUAUGUCCUGUUUUGGUUUGUGCACAUUAAGAACAUCACAGAGAAAUAAGCCUAUGUUAAUUGCCAUUGUAACUCUCAAGAUAAAUUUGGGUUUGUGUUUCCCUUUUAACUGGAAUUUAAAAAAUGAGGCUUAAUAUGUUUUGAGAAAGAAGGUUUUCUUCUGUCUCUUUAGAUCCUGUUUAAGCAUAUUCUAUAUUCUACAUUCUUGCACAAAGGAAAUCACUAGAGAAAAGAGUUUAGUUGUUUUCAGUGGCAAGAUGAUAUAAUCUGCUGUGAAAAUAUAUUGUAUAUUUAAAUGUGUAGCAAAUUUUUUAAUAACUGGAGGAAACAAUUUCAAACACUAAUACGAUGGAAUUAACCUGGCAGUUGUUAAAAAUCCGUUGUGAAAAUUAUCAUUAAAAUCAUUUGGGAAAUUUCAGUGAAACAGUGGAUGAUUGAUCUAGUGAUACAAAUGGUGUAUUAAAGCCAUUUUGAUGUA